AUGACGAUUCCCAUCAUCUCGGUGGCCGUCGGAUCGAUGGGCUACGCCGCCUGGCGCAUCAACUGGCCGGCCUUGGUGCAGUCCUUUCUGACGGGACCCGGCCGGACAUCGCGGCUGCUGCUGCUCUUCUUCAUCAUCUUCAACUGGAAGACGCUCCCGUUUGCGUGGACCUAUCGCAUCAUAUACGCCAUGCUCUACCACAUGGUCUUCCGCAAAUCACCAAAGCUCGGCCCCCGCGCGCUCUUCAAACCCAUGAUCUCCGAAACCAAAGCCCCUAUUCUUGAAAUCGACUACAACCUCCACAAAUCCAACUCGACAUACUUUGCCGACCUCGACAUAUCACGAACGCACCUCUGUGCCUAUCUGCUGCGGCCAGCCAUCCGCAGCAUGUCCAACAACGCCAAGACAAGACUUGUCAAGGACCCCCGAACCGGCGAGCCUGUCAAGGGCAACUUUGCCAUUGCGCUGGGCUCCGUCAUGUGCAGCUUCAAGCGCGAAAUCUCAUCAUUCCAGUCCUACGAGCUAUGGAGUCGCGUCGCCACCUGGGACCGAAAGUGGCUGUACAUCAUCACAUAUUUUAUGCCCAAGGGCGCCGCCAGACCAACCGAGUGGUUGGAUCCACGAUUCCGCCGCGUGAGGACAAGAGACCACAAGGACGCCACCAGUGGCUGGCAGAAGAAGAUCCAUGCCACAGCCAUGAGCAAGUACGUCUUCAAGGUCGGCCGUCUUACUGUUCAUCCCGCAACGGUGCUUUCCGACUCAGGCCUGCUGCCUCAACGACCCGGCGGCUGGGUUAGCGGUCCCAAUCAAGUUGGCGACGACACUGUCGACGUGAGCGAUAUCAACCUGGCUGAUGAUGGCGAGUGGGACUGGCGUCGCAUUGAAGCCCAGCGCCGCGAAGGCAUGAAGUUGGCAGCUCAGUUCAACGCCCUGGAUGGACUUCACGAUUCGUUUGACGGUGGCAACUACGGCGCCAUUGCCAGAUUCGGACCCGGCUAA